CAAAGUUUCUACGCUGGAAAGUUCACAACGAUUGGGUUGCAGAAGUUCGGUACUAUGACGACAUUAGAAUGAUUAUAUCUUGUUCAAACAAUGAAAACACUGCCCUCGUCAUCGGUAAUACUGUGGGAAGUACUCAUGUUGAAUCUCAACUGAAGGAAAUCCGUGAAAUGACAAACUCGCCUGAUGCAGCGGAAAGGAAAGCCAAGAUAGCUCAACAAAAUUAUGCACAAGCAAAGAAACAUUUGGCUAAUGACCAGCUGGUGUUUAGAAUUCAUAAAGGAGUCAAAACAUUUGAUUUUUCAAAGACAAAAAAUAUCAUUGUAACAGGAGGAAUGGAUAGGAUUGUGCGAGUGUGGAAUCCCUAUGUUCCUUUGAAACCGACUGGAAUGCUCCGAGGUCAUAAUGCUCCUAUAUUCGGCCUGUUUAUAGCAGCUGAAGAGGAUAGAAUUUACAGUAUAUCGCAAGAUAAAACUGUUAAGGUGUGGGACAUCAAGGACCAAGUAUGUAUGCUGACAGUGAGACCAAAGUCACAUAAGAUUCGAGGAGAUGUCCAGGCUUGUCAUUACAAUCCGGUUGUAAAGGGCUUAGCAGUAGCAUCUAGUACAGACCAGAUGGCCUUCCUUGGUUUGAAAAUUAAAGCUCAGAUGCAUGCAGACAUAGCAAUUACUCACAAAGAACCAGUGUUGUGCACCAAGUUUAAUGCCAGCUUUAAACAUAUUGUAACAUGUUCUGAAGGAUCUGUAACUCUCAAAUAUCUUAGAAUGUUCAUGUUGUUUAAAAAAAACAAAAAAAAAACACCAAGACUAUAUUUAUUUAUUGUAUUAGUCGAAGGUUUUGAAGAAGUUUCAGAUCUUGUCUAUGUGGAGAUGAAUAAGAAUCGUUUUGUGUUGUCUGUUGGUUGGGAUAGAAGAAUAAACAUGUAUUCUGACUCAAUGGAUGACUUCCGACAUGUCCAAAACCCACUACCUAAGUGGAGGGAUGAUUUGAAAAGUGGUCAUAAAGAAGACAUACUGUCUGUAGCAGCUUGUGCUCCUAGUCUCCUGGCAACGUCCAGCUAUGAUGGAGAAGUAAUUGUUUGGAAUCUGGUGUCUGGUCAUAUUUACUGCCAUUUGUUAUCCACUGCAGAGAGUCAGUAUGAUCAUCAGCAGUUGGAUGGCGACAACAGUAUCCGCAAGCUGGUAUUUCUGUCUUCAAGAAUCACAGACAAGACUUCAGCUCAACUUGUAGCUAGUGGACCCAGAGGCUGUGUUCAUUUCUGGAAUGUUUACAAUGGUGGCAUCCUCUACUCAAAAUAUCAAGCUAACAAGAAGCAAUGUCCGCUGAGUUUUCUUGUUACUAGUUCUGAUAACAACAUGUUGUUCAGUGGUGAUGCUCAAGGGUUUGUGAAUGCCUACAACAUUGAAGGUUAUUGUGAGGGGGAAAAGGAAUCUGAACCACCACAAACUCUGUCGUCUUGGAGAGCACAUAUUGAGAGCAUUACCUGGUAAGCUUCUUUACUUUGACUGAUUUCAGUUGCAUUUACAAAUGCCUCAUGGAAUUCUUACUGUUAAUAUUCCUGGUAUACCUGUAUGACAAUACAUUUUAGCUUGGAUUUAGAGGACCUGCAGUGAAAUUAUGCCUGCUCAUCCAUCCACCUGCAGUUAG